AGUCUUUAUAUUGUAGGAGUUUUAGGUUUUCACCUAUAGGCUCUGAACGACCGAGAGACCAGAUUUGAAAGUUCGUGUCAUGUCAGUGCGCCGUGAGUCAUAGCUGAGGAUAACAGUCCGGACUGCGCUUCUUUUUUUUUUUCUUUUUUUUGUGUGUGUGUGUGUGCAGGCUCUCAUUUAACUGGACGCAAGAGCCGAGACUUAUGACAUUACGCACAGACCUGGAGCGGGGCUGCAAAUGGGCGGCAUAGGUGGCAACCUCUACUUCAGCAUGUUGAAUGGGGCUGAAACGCAAACUUUCGGGAAGAACGCCGACAUCGGCGGCCACCUCCACCGCGGCAGCAAGGAUCUAGCCGAGUUUAAAAUGGGGAUUCAGGACGCGAGGUUUUACUACCCGGACUCGGUUCAGGGCGGGCAGGACGCCCUGGCUCUGCAGUACCACCCGGAGCAGGCGGUGGGAGGGUACGGAGCGCAGCCCGGCAGGUUUUACGCACAGACCCUCAGCAGCUGCCCGUACGGCGGCGUGCGCUCGCCGCCGAGGAGCGGAGCCGGGCAGGGUUACAUCCCGACGGCUGGGGACGGGUUUCCCACGGGCGGUAAAGACGUGUACUCUCCGUCCCCGGAGAACUACCCUGCCAGCUUCCAGCACGGUUACCAGCGGCCGCCUCUCUACCCUUUACCUGGGCUACAGGUGAGCGGGAAGACGCAGGCUCUGCUCAACAACUAUCCGCUAUGGGCCAAGUUCCACAAGUUCCAGACCGAGAUGAUAAUCACCAAACAGGGGAGGAGAAUGUUCCCCUUUCUGAGCUUUAACAUCAGUGUUCUGGAGCCGUCUGCCCACUAUAACGUCUACGUGGACGUUGUUCUGGCUGAUCAGCACCACUGGAGGUACCAGGGUGGCAAGUGGGUCCAGUGUGGGAAAGCAGAGGGUAACAUGCCAGGGAACAGGAUGUACAUGCACCCCGACUCACCCAACACAGGAGCUCACUGGAUGAGACAAGAAGUGUCGUUCAGCAAACUCAAGCUCACCAACAACAAGGGCAGCACCAACAAUGUGGCACAGAUGAUAGUGCUCCAGUCGCUCCAUAAGUACCAGCCCCGCCUUCACAUCGUGGAGGUGAAGGAGGACGGCUCGGAGGAUCCCUUCCUCUCGUCCAAAGCUGAGACCUUCGUCUUCCCGGAGACGCAGUUCAUCGCCGUCACUGCCUACCAGAACGCGGAUAUCACUCAGCUGAAAAUAGACCAUAACCCCUUCGCUAAAGGUUUCCGUGACAAUUAUGACACGCUGUACGCCCCUCCCGACUCUGAUCGCCUCACCCCCUCCCCCACAGAGAGCCAGCAGCUGCUGCCAGGGAGCUGCUACCCCCAAGGCUACCUCUCUGAGCAGUACAUGAGCCCCCUGCCCCAGAGCCGCUUCUACGGCCGCGAGCCUAUUGGCAUUGGACAGCAGCACAAAGACCCAUCCUCCAGCCCCAGCCCUCACAGCCACUGGUACUUGCCACCUCAGCAGGGUGUGGCCCCCAACCGGCUUGACUUCACUUCCUCCUAUGAGGGGGACUUUUCUGGAAAUGGUUUCUACAAGCCCUUCCCCUUGCAGACGUCCGCUCACCAUGCCCUCAGCUACUACCCAGACCAUCCUUUUGCAUCCACUAGCGUGUCUGUAUCAGGAGCCAGCUCAGCAGGCUGGAGCACCAGCCGGCCCACUCCUCAGUACCUCAGUCACCCCAGUAAACCUGGCCCCAGUCUGGGCUGGUUUAGACCCAUAUCGUCUUCUUCUUCCUCUUCAUCUUCUUCCACGUCACCUGGCAACCCCAGGCUGCACCCUCCCUCGCUCCUCGAGCCGCCCCUGCUGCAGGACAAGCCCAAAGACACUGUGGGCGUGGUGGGGGAGGACCCCUGGCUCGAACCUCCCUCUGUGAAAUCAGCAGACUCUGCAGACUCGGGCCUGUUCGAGGGCGGCGUGGGGGACAACAAAAAAAGGAGAGUCUCGCCCUACACAUCCAGCACGGAAAACUCCCCACCUGCGCGCAGCGGAGACAUCUGCGAGAAGGACAGCAACAGCAAUGCGGACUACUAUGGCUAUUACACCCACUGAAGACCUCACACCACACCCGCCGCGGUCUCUCCUAGCGUCUUCCCACACCUCCCUUAUGGACACGUAUCAGUCUGUCGAGUCAGGUUCGGGUGCUGCAGACAAAUACCAGAACCGCAUAACAGAACGUGCAACCUCAUCUACCGUCACAUCACCGGAGUCCACGCAGUGUGGCCAGCCUCUCUACAGAAAGUUCCCUUUCAAAGUGUCAAAUGGUUACAAGAGGAACUUUCAAGGUUACUGUCAAACUUAGUGUUGAACAGGAGUGGAUGUGACUGGGACACUGCCCUAGAGUCACAUAAACAGCAAACAGACAUAC